GUACGCUUUACAUAUCGGACGUAAACUGUGGCUGCCCUGACGUCACCACGUUUUCCCCUGACGUUGUUGGACUCUGGACAGCGCCGGCGGGGAAGUUAGCAAACCAGUUGAGCACAAAUUUCAACAAAAUACUCAUUUCAGUAAGGUCUGAUAAGAUGGCCGUCACACAAGUGUCCUCCAACAAGUGCGCCGGUGGCUUCCAGAAGGUUUUCGAGCAUGACAGCACUGAGCUCAAGUGUAAGAUGAAGUUUGCAAUCUACCUGCCUCCCAAGGCUGAGACCGACAAAUGUCCCGUCAUGUACUGGCUGUCGGGCCUGACGUGUACGGAGCAGAACUUCAUCACCAAAGCCGGCAGUCAGCUCGCCGCCGCAGAGCACGGCAUCAUCAUCGUAGCUCCGGACACCAGCCCACGUGGCUGUAACAUCGAGGGGGAGGACGAGAGCUGGGAUUUCGGCACUGGAGCUGGUUUCUAUGUCGACGCCACGCAGGACCCCUGGAAGACCAACUACCGCAUGUACUCCUACGUCACUGAGGAGCUCCCCAAAUUGAUCAACGCUAACUUCCCCACCGACCCAGACAGGAUGUCCGUCAGCGGCCACUCCAUGGGCGGCCACGGGGCGCUCACCUGUGCCCUGAAGAACCCUGGGAAAUACAAGGCGGUGUCUGCGUUCGCUCCCAUCUGUAACCCGAUGCAGUGUCCCUGGGGACAGAAGGCCUUCUCGGGAUACCUGGGCUCGGACCGCUCCACCUGGGAGGCGUACGAUGCCACCGUGUUGGCGGCGGCGUACUCCGGCCCUCAGCUCGACAUCCUCAUCGAUCAGGGCCGCGACGACCAGUUCCUGUCAGCCAGCCAGCUGCUGCCCGACAACCUGAUCGCCGUCUGCUCCGAGAAGAAGAUCCCCGUCGUCUUCAGACUGCAGCCGGGCUACGACCACAGCUACUUCUUCAUCUACUCCUUCAUGAACGACCACAUCAAGCACCACGCCAAGUACCUCAACGCCUGAACUGUGUCGGCCACCUUCCUCCGACUUCCCGCACAGCUCAACGCGAGAUCAGUCCCGUUCCCCUGGUAACCGAACUCUGUAGUAAAGUAAGUCGGGUCGCUGACGUGUCGACCCAGUCAGAAGCCUUCAGUCUGAACAGCACUCACCUGAAGUCUCAAAUAAGAACACAAACUUUUUUUUUUUAAAUAUUUGUUUUGGGGUAAUUGAGCCACAACUGUCAGAUUUCCUCUGAUAUUUGAGAGAAAUACUUUAUUAUAUUUAUUCCUGCGACCCGACAGUGAGCGUGUGGAUUUUGCUGAGUCAGUGAACGGUCUCGGCUGCGUUCUUCAGAAUAAAAGCCUCGGUCAUUCA